CGUAAAGAAAGUGAACAAAUUUAUCUUGGUUUUGUGACAAUAUUCUUAAUAUAGACAACUUUAGCUUCCUUUCUAAAUACUCGUAACAUUGAAUUUGUUUAAUAUGAAUUAUUAAGUCAUUCAUUGUGAAAGUAUACAUAAUGGAAGCUACUGGAGAUCAGUUAAUUUUGGCCACAGGUGGCUAUGACCAUUCAAUCAAACUGUGGCAAGCACAUACCGGCCACUGUAUACAUUCAAUGCGCUUUGUGGACACCUCACAAGUGAACGCACUUGACCGAACCCCUGAUAAAACUCGCUUGGCUGCUUGUGGUUACCAAUGUAUACGCCUAUAUGACAUGGAGACUAGUUGCACGACCCCUGUCAUAAACUUUGAAGGUGUACAAAAAAAUGUAACACGCUUGGGUUUCCAAGAGGAUGGUAAAUGGAUGUUCACUGCUGGAGAAGACCACCGUGUUCGCAUAUGGGAUAUGCUGUCACCUCAACCACACUGCUCACGUGUUUUCGACUGUCAAGCCCCCGUUAACGCCGCGUGCUUGCAUCCAAAUCAAGUUGAAAUCGCAAUGGGUUCUCAAAAUGGUGGGGUAUAUUUAUGGGAUGUUAAAUCUGAAGUACACGAUCAACUUAUACCGGAAGUCGAUGCAUCCAUACAGGAUGUGGCAAUCUCACCUGAUGGACAAUAUAUGGCAGCGGUUAACAAUAAAGGGAACUGUUAUAUUUGGUCUCUAAGCUCGUCGCCAAACCAACAAUUGAGUACACUUAGUCCCAAAUUAAAAAUAGCUGCACAUAAACGUUAUGUCCUGCGCUGUAAAUUUAGUCCAGACUCACGACUGCUUAUAACUACCUCAGGCGAUGGAACUGCAAGAAUAUGGGAGACUGAACAUUUUACAAUGUGGCGUGAAUUGAGCGUGGAAAAUUAUUGGGUGUGGGAUGCAGCGUUCAGUGCCGACUCCAAAUAUGUAUUCACCGCGUCCUCGGAUGGAAUAGCACGCUUAUGGAAGCUCCAAACGAAAAACGCGGAACGAAAGUAUACGGGUCACACCAAAGCCAUUACAGCUUUGUCAUUUAAAGAUGAGAUCGUCUCAGAAUAACAGGAAGUGAAGGGGAGUGAAACGAGCGGCACGUCUGAAGCAAGAAA